UCUUACCCUGCCAGCUUCCAUAGGGCAGCGUGAGGCCAUAGGAAAGUUCUCCUUCAGGGACACUAUUACCAUGACAGGUCCUCAACAGCACCUCAGGCCUUCAGCAACAGGCUAAAAAUAGUCAGCAAAUACUAAUAGCAAGUUAUUCCCUACUAUUGCCACACGUGGAUGCACAAAACUUCUAAACCACAACUUGGGAAUGUCCUUCCCAGCUUGGGAUGUUGCUGUGCCAUGUGAAGUACAUUCCUGUAGAUUCCUUCUGUUUCUAGGAGAAAAAGAGCUUCAAAUUAAUAAAUGCAAAGACCACGGUCUAAAAGCUGUGACUGCUUUGCACAAAUAUAUUUUAAAAUGGAGGAAAGCUUUUUUGGUUGAGUGGCAGGAGAACUGAGUGUCCAUGUUUUCCCUUCCCCAGCCGACACUCUGCAGGCUCCGGACUCACCAGUGGUGCUUCAUCCUCUUUAAUGUCCUGCUUUUCCACGUGCUGCUCUUCGGGGCGGAUUUACUGGAGGAAUAUUUCCUGCACUCCUUCCCUCUGUCCUACACCGACGCAAAGACUCUGGAGAUCAGGGAGAGGGCCAGGAAGCUGGACAUGGAUCCCCUAAAGGCCAACCUCUCUCACACUGUCAGCAGUGCAGUGACAUGCUCGGGCCAAGAGGUGUUUUUGCUCAUCCUCGUCCACAGCAGCCCAGAAAACAGGACAAGGCGCGACACGAUCAGGCAGACGUGGGGCAACGUGACGGACACCAGGGGUUACACCGUCCUCACUCUGUUUGCUGUAGGAAAGGCAGCUUCAGAAAGCACCCAGCUGGAGAUCAAUGAAGAGGCUCACAAGCACAGGGACAUUAUUGAAGGCUCUUUCAUCGAUUCCCCGCAGACCCAGACACAGAAGAUGCUGCUGAGCGUGGAGUGGGCGGUGACUUUCUGUCCCCGGGCGAGAUUUAUCCUCGAAGCAGAUGAGGACGUGUUUGUGGGUGUUCCAAGCCUGGCUGGGUACCUGCUGAGCUUAACACAACUAGAGGACAUCUACCUUGGGAGGGUGGUUCAUCAGGGAGUGCCUGACAGGGACCCCCAAAGCCCUGCCUUCGUUCCCACCCAUCAGUAUCCCGAGGAGUUUUACCCGGAUUUCUGCCACGGCAGCGCCUUCGUCAUAUCCCAGGACGUCGCCCGCAAGGUUUACGUGGCUGCCAAGGAGGUGCCACUGUCAGUGCCCCCAGAUAUUUUCGUGGGAAUCUGUGCCAAGAAAGCUGGGAUCACUCCCAUGCACAGCUCCCGCUUUUCCGGGGGGAAGCACAUCAGCUACAAUCGAUGCUGCUAUAAAUUCAUCUUCACCUCUUCCAACGUGAAGGAGGACGAGCUAUUUAAAGCCUGGGAGGAAACAAGCAGUAGGGAAGAUUGUUCCUUGCUGGAAACCUACUACAGCCUGGUGUCCUGCAGGGUUCUGACCUACAUUGACAAGUUCAAGCAGUUCAGCUUGGAUAGAAUAAAAAAUGAGGUUCUUCAUUUUGUCAAUUAAGGUUUAGCUUUGGCGAAGAAAGGCUGAAUUUUCUUUUAGCAGCUGCUUUAUCCUGUAGCAUUCAGUAGAAAUUAUGCCCUCCCAAAGUUAGGUCUCCUCCCUUCAACAGCAAAUAAAUUCCCAGAGCUCCAGUGUGUGACAACAGCAAAACUGGAUGUACUCUAUGUAAGUACCUACAAGUGCAUGCAUAUAAGUAAAGUAGAGUAUUCCAAGAAACUCUGUCUGUCUUCAGUGUUUUUCAGACUUCUGAGUCCUCAAAACACCUUCUCCACUUUUUAUCCAAGUGAGGCAUCACCUGCUUCCAAAGAAUUUUGUACCAAAGGAGAAGCUUUCCACCCACAGAUGGAGCUGCUUCCGAGCAGGUUGGUUUACAGCACCAGGGAGAGGAACAG